UAUACACAACAAGAAUAAGAAAGAAAAAGGUGGGUUUGUUUGCGAUCAAGUAAGGUCAAUCUCCUCUCGAUCUCCCAAAACCCAUCUCCCAAAUCCUUAACUACAAUCUCUCUUUCUUUUCUUCCAUUCCCAUAGUAAUAUUUGGCAAGCAUCUUCCUCUUCUCUCUUCUUUUGUUUAUGGUAAUUUUCUUUUCUCUCUUUUUUUUCCCACGAUUUCCGUCUGAGCUAGAUCUUCUCCACUUUUAGCAUAUCAAGGACCCUCUGGGGUGAACAAGGCACUAUUUGGGUCUGCUUUGUCUUUGAAGUCUUCUGAUCCAGUCAACCAGAAACCCACAUAUAUAUAUAUAGUCUGAUAUUUUGUGAGAACAAAACGAACGACCCUUUUUAGCUUCUUUAUAUACACACAUAUAAAUAUAUGUGUGUGUGCGCGCGCGUGUAUAUUUAUCUCCUGGUCGCUUGCUCAGAAUCUGCAGGACAAGCGAAGAAAAUGGUGAGAGGAAAGACUCAAAUGAGGCGUAUUGAGAAUGCGACAAGUCGGCAAGUGACGUUCUCGAAGAGGCGAAAUGGGCUGCUGAAGAAGGCAUUUGAGCUUUCUGUCCUUUGCGAUGCUGAGGUCGCUUUGAUUAUCUUUUCUCCAAGAGGCAAGCUCAAUGAAUUUGCAAGUUCCAGCAUGCAGGCAACAAUAGAACGUUAUAGGAGGCAUACAAAAGACACUCAAACCAACAACAAAUCCGUUGAACAAAACAUGCAGCACUUGAAGCAAGAAGCAGCUGCCAUGAUGAAGAAGAUAGAGCUUCUUGAGAUUUCAAAGCGGAAACUCUUGGGAGAGGGUCUGGGAACAAGCUCCAUUGAAGAAAUACAACAAGUCGAACAACAGCUGGAGAGAAGUGUCACUAAAAUCCGAGCAAGAAAGAAUCAGGUUUUCAAAGAACAGAUUGAGCAGCUUAAAGAAAAGGAAAAGGUCCUAGAAGCUGAAAAUGCAAGGCUCUAUGAGAAGUAUGCUGGUAAACCAUUGCAAGUAUUGAAUAAGCAGAGAGAAAUCUUACCAAACACAGAAAGUGAUCCCAGUUCAGAAGUGGAGACUGAACUGUUCAUUGGACUACCAGAAACAAGACUAAAAGCUCCUUCCUUCAAAUAAGUGAUGGAUUUAGGAGAAAGGUAAAAAACAUGCCUAAGAAGGAUUAGAUAAGCUGAGGCAAUUGUAAGACAUUUCCGUAGCCUCUAUUAGAAUAUUCCACUACUUUAAUCUUGCUUUAUAAGGCAAGAAAAUAAUGCUAGCAAUAGUAACUUGAGAGUAGCCCUAUUGGUACUUUGUUGUAAUUUAUGAUUCAUGAUUGUAAUCAGAAACUGUAACUGAAUAUUGCUAGUUGGUGCAGUGUAUGUAUUGUGUAGAAACUCCAAUGUUUUUCUCUUAUGGCCCUUUUGAUCUCGUUUUGUUCCAUCAAUAGA